UAAUGCUUACGUACAAAAAGGUUUUGGUCACACUUCUUUAGUUUACAACACCUAACCAAAAAAAAAAAAAUGGAUUUAACAAAAACAAUAUCAUUCUCUCUCUUGUUUCUAUCUCUCCUAAUCCCGACGACGACCACCACCACCACUGCCACCGUUACAUGCACUAACGCCGUUUGUCGCCGUGACGGCCCGACCAUCCGUUUCCCUUUCCGUUUAAAACCUCAGCAAUCACAAUCUUGCGGUUACGACAAAAGCUUUGACUUAACGUGCGAUAUUAACAGAACCACCAUAACGUUACCUUUCUCCGGCAACUUCACGGUAGAAGAGAUCGACUACGCAGCUCAAGAGAUUUGGAUCAACGACCCAAACAACUGUCUCCCACGAAGGAUCUUAGAGCUAAACCUCUCAGCGACGCCGUUUAGUGGCGUUUACUCACGUCAGUUCACGUUCUUUAAGUGUCCUACUUCGAAAACAGAGUACCUCCGUUUUAGUCCGUUGAAUCCGAUAACGUGCUUGAGCGAUGAGAACAGCACGGUGUUUGCUACUCCUUCGACUAGGAUGAUGAACUACUUGUCGUCUCGGUCUUGCCGGUUGAUGAAAACGGUUUAUGUUCCGGUUCGGUGGCCGUUUUAUGAGCAGACCGUGUCGUCUUCGGAUUUGAGUGAUAACCUCUGGCUUACUUGGAGGGUUCCGAGGUGUAGGAAGUGUGAGAUUAGAGGUGGUAAGUGUGGGAUUAAGAGUAACUCUUCUCGUGACACCAUUUGCUCUCAUGUUCAUAAACCAGCUAUACCAAGAAGAGCUCGUUACGCAAUAGCCAUCGGUGCCGGGAUACCAGGAGCUUUAAUCGCCUUUGGUCUCUUCUGUUUUGUGUAUAGCAAAAUCAACGAGUGUAUCAUCAAACGAAGACGUCUCGUCCCAAGCCCACCAGAUCAUAUCAACAACGCUCAAGCAGCCCAUUAUUUGCAUUCUGGUGUCGUUGUAACGGGUCUUGAUGAGCCUACUAUAGAGUCGUAUCCGAAAAUAGUACUGGGGGAGAGCAAAAGGCUGCCGAAAAUAGACGAUUCGACGUGUGCCAUUUGUUUGUCGGAGUACGAACCGAAGGAGACACUUAGGACAAUACCACCCUGUCAACAUUGUUUCCAUGCUGAUUGUAUUGACGAGUGGCUGAAGUUGAACGGGACUUGUCCUGUCUGUCGGAACUCUCCGGAGCAGAUUUUUAUUGCCGCUUGAGAAGUUUACUUAAGCAUAAUUAGUCUCCUUUGUGUUUUUUUUUCUUUUUCUUUACAGUAUUUGUUAGUUAGUUUAAUACUCCAUCCGUUUAAAUCUAAAUGAUGUUUAUUAUUUACGAUUGUUUAUGUAUAUGAAAAUAAGAGUUUUAUU